UAUAGCUUUUUCCCCAAACCGUUAGUUUAUUGCAUGAUCACUGCUGGGAUAGCCAUGCUUAGGACCUGGAGUUUCCCACUGUUUGCUCUCGUAAUAUUGAGUGUAUUCCAUCAGCUGAUUUUGAAGUCUUUGGACUGUCAACGUAACGAGUAUCUGUCUUUGUAUUAUGGUCGUUCUAUGGUGGUUUGCAAUUCUUCUGACGAUGAUGUCAUUAAAAUGGAUAAUCAGUUGUUGAGUAAAAUGAUUGUUCCAACACACAUCUGGAGUCUGGCCCUGUCGGUUCUCAACCUCGUGUCUCGUGUGGCUCUAUCGGACUCGUACUUCAAAACCCGGUUACCAGAUUACCGUGAUCACGCAUGCGCCCGUGAGUGCGAGGAGGACGGUACCCCCUUGACUUGUCAGUACGACUUCACCAUUGAGUAUUACUACACCUUAACCCAGGCCUGUUAUGGAUGUCCCUACAACACCACAGACUGUUUCCGACCCCACUGUGUGGCUGGGGACGGAGUAUCCCGGGGGAUAAUGACGGUCAAUCGGAUGCUGCCUGGUCCGGCUAUACGGGUGUGCGAGGGAGACACGAUCAUAGUAAAUGUCAAGAAUAACUUGGAGGGAGGGGAGGGUACUGCAAUUCACUGGCACGGCAUCCUACAGAGUAAGACCCCCUACAUGGACGGCGUGGCCAUGUUGACACAAUGUCCCAUCAACCGCCACUCAAAGUUCCAGUACAAAUUCCUUGCUGAAACACCCGGUACCCAUUUCUGGCAUGCUCAUGCAGGUUUACAAAGAGCUGAUGGAGUGUUUGGCUCUCUUGUGAUCCGUCAACCAAAGUCACGUGACUAUCACUCGGCUUUAUACGACCAUGAUUUGCCAGAACACUCCAUCUUACUCAAUGACUGGAUCGGCGAAAUGGGCGCAUCUCGAUUUGCCGGUCAUCAUCAUGCUAUGACAGAACACUUACCAAAUUCUAUACUAAUAAAUGGGCGAGCAACUCUGAAAACAUUUCUUCCAAAAUCAAACACAGAGGUCCAUAAUGGCCAUGGAGGUCACAUGAUGCCAAUGGAAACCAAUGGACAUCAACUAGCUGGACAUAUGAUGCAUGAUUCGAAUGGAAAUCAACAUGCUAACCACAUGAUGGGAGACACGAACAAUCAUCAGAUGGCCCAAGACAGCAAUGGUAAUGGUAACAGUCAAACAACAAGCAGUGACAAUGAAAAUUCAAUGGACUCCCUUCCAACCACGAACCCAGCAAUGCAAAAUAUGCACAGCAUGCAUGAUAUGCAUAACAUGCAUACAAUGGGAAUGCCAAGUGCACAUAAUGACCACACCAUGGGUAUGGGUCCUAUGUCAAUGAACAACGGAGAUCAUAGUAUGCACAAUAUGAACUCCAUGGGCAUGAACAAUGGAGAAGGUAAUAUGAACAUGAACAAUGGGGACAGUGAAAUGCCAAGUGGUAUGGAGUCUCUCACAACACUUUCGAACUCAGAUUUAGAAAUGCUUGUAAAUUCAGAACAUCAGAUGCACCAAAUGCAUCAAAUGACAAUGCGAAGACGUCGAAGUGCCAACGAAAACACUGUCACUGUACCAACAACCAGUGACGAUAUGGAUAAACCUCAAGAACACGUCCCUGUCCAAACACCUCAUGCCGUCUUUGCUGUUACACAUGGUCAGCGCUACAGAUUUAGAGUUGCCAGCAAUGGAGUAAACAACUGUCCAAUAGAAGUCUCCAUCGAUAACCACACUAUUACUGUCAUCAGCUCCGAUGGCACACCUUUCAAGCCCGUCCAUCUCCAGUCUUUCAAUAUAUUUGCUGGGGAAAGGUACGACUUCAUAUUAAACGCUGAUAAACCAAUUGGAAAUUACUGGAUUCGAACCCGUGGUUUGGCCGAUUGUGGACCACAGUAUAAUGGCGUAAGUCAGACGGCUAUCCUUCGAUAUGAAGGCGCCAUGCCGAUGUUUCCAAAAGAGUCUACAGAAUACGAGGCAGGGGAAAGACCAGGAAUGAAAUUAAAUCCAUUCAACCAGAAUUCAGAUUUGAACACAAUGAACGUGGAUCGACUGGAGUCCUUAAUUCCAGAUGACAUUUCGCUCAAGGUGAAACCAGACAGGGUACUUUACCUCGCCAUGGACUUCAAUUUUAUCGAGAACUACCGGUUUAACGAUCCCGACUUCUACUCACUGCAGCAUAUGAUGCAUAAAGGGGGGCAUGGAGCACAUGCCCAUCACAUGUUUUCUCCCCAGAUCAACAGAAUAUCUUACUCUGCCCCUCCCUCUCCUCCACUCACCCAGUACACAAAAGACUUGGAGGACAUUUUUUGUGAUGGAACAUCAUUCAAAGACAAGAACUGUAAGAAGGAGUUUUGUGAAUGCACACAUAGAGUCAAAAUUAAGCUUGGAGAGGUGGUAGAAAUGGUGCUUGUAGAUGAGGGUAAACACAUGGACAAUAACCACCCCAUGCACAUGCACGGAUACAACUUCAGGGUUGUUGCCAUGGAAAAGCUGGGGAACAUGACCUCUGUUGAACACGUUCGAUUCAUGGAUGAUAUGGGGCUGAUCAAUAGAAAGCUUCAUAGGGCUAUCUCAAAGGACACAGUUACCGUUCCUGACGGAGGUUAUACCAUUAUUAGAUUCCACGCCACCAAUCCAGGAUUCUGGUUAUUUCAUUGCCAUAUCGCCUUCCACAUGGAAAUGGGGAUGAGUAUGGUCAUCCAGGUUGGUGAGCCUGAACAGAUGCCAAGACCGCCGCCCAAUUUUCCGCGUUGUGGCGACUGGACUCCAAAGGAGCAAGCGGAAAGCGACGAUAAUAUCUGCCCCCCACCACCACCAUCCGCUAACUUAGCUUUUGAUCCACCCACCUCAGCUGCACCACCCACAACUACAACCAGCUCGCUACCCCCCACUGAGGCCAUUACUUCAACAGUCCCACCUUUACAUCAGAUCUAUCUGGGUGGAAUUCAACAGACAACUGAUGUAAAUCUUAAAGACGUCACACUUCACUAUGCUCUGCUUGUUUGGAUGACAGGGAAAAAGAAUUCUAUGAAGUCCCCCAAAACUUCCGCUCUCGUAAGAGAUCACGGCCGCCAUAAAAAUAUGACUGGAAUGAAAAACAAGCAUCACAGGAAACACAAAAACAUCCUAAGUGGUCACCAGAAAACUAAUGAAUCCAAUCACCUUUCACACAAGUCGACACCCAACAAUCUUCCAUUCAUGAGCAUCAAAUCAGCCAACGUGCCAAGUUCCUCAAAGAGUAGUAUGAUCGAGUUAACGAACUUACCGAAAAUGAUAGUCCCAGCUCACUACAUUAAGAAAAUUAUUUCGGACCAUCCUUCAAAGUCUGUCAAAAAGGGACAUCGGCAGCAGAGAGGCCCCGGAAGCAGAGAACGUAUUGGACGGUUGUCAAGUUCUAUGGGAAAAAUUGGCAAGAGAAACAUCACUGUGCAUGCUGUAAACAAUUAUAAACAGACAAAAUUCCGCGAGCGACCCAGAGGGUUCCCUAAACCUUUGCGAAAUGGACCGACAGUUCUUAACACUAUGUCUUCUCCAAACUUAGAUAGACAUACAAAUGAUCUACAGAAGACAUUGCCAAUGAGAAAUAGAAAUCAUAUUGAUCAUUACCGGAAGUUACGAAACCCAUCGACUUCACGACACAGAACAAGUCACGGUUUAUCCCGCAUGAGGCGUGACUUGGUUAGAAGACUUCAAUCAAGGUCAUCGGAUCCAUUAUGAUAAAAAUAUUAUUGAACACAGUGGUAAAGAAAUCCAACCCUGCUACUCAAAACGAGAUGCGAGACAUACGACACAAAGUUACUGGGGAAAGGUCGACAAUCUGUCGAAUCGUUGUCGUUCAACUCAGAGGACGCAAGAAACUUGGUUCAGUUUGUCGAUAACUGCCGAAAAGUGCUAGGAAUAUGAAUUACCAAAUAAACGAAGUGAGCAAACACGUCGGUGAUUCCUGUAGAUUGCUGCAGAAAGGACGUAAUGUUGAUUUUGUUUGUCAGCAAAGAGAUUGCUGGAUUUUUUUCAGUUGCAUUAGUGUUUUCUUUUAUCUCAUUUUUACUUCAAAUUAAAGCCAGUCAUUUUUUUUAUUUACCAGUUAGUUGCUAGUUUUUACUAACUAUAUGUAACUAUAUGCAUUUUAGAUUGAAUGUCUAGUCAAAUGUUAAUUUGCUUGACGAUCACAUUCUCAACUUUUUCAAGAUUUUGGUUUACAUGCACUUAUAUUUUUGAGUGUUGUUGAAUAUUAUUAUACUUAAAUGUUAUUCUAUUUAACAUAUUAACAUAUGCUUGCCCUCAUUAUGGUGUUAUUUUCAGGCAUACAUUCCUUCAAGUGAGACCCCGGGUCCCUUAUUUAUUUACUUAUAUAGUGCUUAUGUGAUUGACAUAAUUCUUUUUGCUUUAUAUAGUGAUAUCAUAAAUAUAUCAAAUCACGUGUGCUUGUAGAUUGUUGUAUCCAUUUUUGAAAAGUCAUGCUAUAUGUUAUCCUUGUUUCAUAUUUAGUAUUCGAAAUUUCCGAUUAUCUUUUUUUAUGUUGUUUGUGCAAUAGAAUAAAUGGCACUCUAUCUGGAAUAUGUAACACCAUAUAAUCCAUUACACUACAUAUAGCUUAUUUUUAGAGUUUUCCGUCUUCAGAUGAAACUCUUUUAUUAUUAUUUGUUUUACUUCUAUUACAAUUUGUUUACUAAAUUACAAUCUCAAACUAAUUUUGGAAUUGUCAACAUUUAUUUCAAUAAGAGCAGCAAGCUGAAUUGUGCUUCCACUCCAUAAUAUGCUGUUUGCCAUGAGAGACUUUUAAUUUAUAUUUUCAUUUUUCAAAAAGCAUCAGUAUAUUGGUGUGAAUUAAUUACCCGACAAUAGUUCUUAAUGUUAAUUUAUUUCCUUUUUUGCAUUGCAGUUUGCAUGUCCAGCAUUUCAGAUAUUGAGAAAUUCAAAAAUUGUAUAUAAUCACUUUGUUUAUAAUUAAUACCAGUGAAUCUCUUACAGGUCUCUAAUUAUUAAUUAGGCUUUUCAACAAAUUGCAAAUUAAAAUUUUCAAUUAUUA